CCAGAGUAGCAAGGCUUUUCCUUUCUUCUUUUCACCAAGAGAGAGAGAGAGAGAGAGAGAGAGCGAGUGGGGGAAAGAAAUGGAUGCCUCGAAAAUCACAGAGCUGAAGCUGUUCGUGGAUCAAUGCAAAUCCAACCCUUCGAUUCUCAACGAUCCUUCUCUUUCUUUUUUCAAGAACUAUCUCCUUAGCCUCGGCGCUCGGAUUCCACAAAACCCAAAACAGAGCAUGUCUGAUGAAGGCAACAAUGACAUGGUAGAAGAAGACAAUGCCAAGGAUCGAAAAUCCAAUCAAUCUACUGAAAAUGAUGAUAGUAUUGUGGAUGAGAUUGUUGAAUCUGAUAUUGAGUUGGAAGGUGAAGUUGUAGAACCUGAUAAUGAUCCUCCACAAAAGAUGGGAGAUCCUUCUGUUGAGAUUACAGAAGAAAGCUGUGAUGCUGCUCAAAUGUCGAAAGCAAAAGCCAUGGAUGUGAUUUCUGAAGGUAAGCUUGAUGAAGCGAUUGAACAUCUAACAGAAGCUAUCAUUUUGAAUCCAAGUUCGGCAAUCCUAUACGCCACUAGAGCCAGUGUUUUUGUCAAGAUGAAUAAACCAAAUGCCGCAAUCCGGGAUGCGGAUGCAGCAUUGCAGAUAAAUCCUGACUCAGCAAAAGGAUACAAAUCUCGAGGCAUGGCAAGGGCCCUGUUGGGACAGUGGGAAGAGGCUGCGAGUGAUCUCCACUUAGCAUCGAAAUUGGAUUAUGACGAGGAGAUAAGUUCUGUGCUUAAAAAGGUUGAACCUAAUGCACACAAAAUCGAAGAGCAUCGCAGGAAAUACGAACGCCUCCGCAAAGAGCAAGAACUGAGGAAAGCUGAACGUGAGAGACAACAUCAGCAAGCUGAACUUAAGGCUGCAUAUGAAAAGGAGAAAAAGAAAGAGCAUCCUUCUGGAAAUAAAGCAUCCCAGGACCCCAAAGGCAUGGCUGCUCUACAAGAUGGAACUGUUCUUAGCAUCCACUCUGCCAGCGAGUUUGAAACCAAGCUCAAUGCCGCAUCUAAGUCAUCCCGACUGGCAAUCCUGUAUUUCACAGCAUCAUGGUGUGGUCCCUGCCGCUUCAUUUCUCCUCUUUAUACGAACCUAGCUGGAAAAUACCCAAAAGUCGUAUUCAUAAAAAUCGACAUCGACGAGGUGCGGGAUGUGGCCGCACGUUGGAAUAUCAACAGUGUGCCCACCUUUUUCUUCAUAAAAGAUGGAAAAGAGAUUGACAAGGUGGUUGGGGCUGAUAAGGGCAGCCUUGAAAGGAAGAUUACACAAUACGCGGGCCUUUCAUGAGUGGGUCCGUGGAUGAAUGGCCCCAUCAACCAAUGGCUGAUCUUUGUUGUGAUCUGAAGUAUCCUGAGUAGGCCCCUUUUGUACUUUUAACUCUUCACUGGGCUUUUAUAGUGUGUAGUAACCUUCCAACUUUUCUUUUGCAUGGCUAGGAUUUUACCAGUUUUACGUGGAGUUGUAGGGACUGUCAAUCAAUAAUGUGUAUUUUACUAAAGGACAUGAUUUUGUACAUGUGGUUCGGAUGUUUUGGGGUUCAAAAACGUUCAUCUGAUGGGUCCCACCAUUAGUAACGUAUGCUUCUGAAAUCUCCAAGAUUUGAGCUUGGA